AUCUCUUCGGCGGAAGGUCCAUGGAUCGACUCACCGAAGAUCACCCAGGCGUUACCAAGAUAGUUCUCUCCCUCUCACGUGCCGGAUGCCCCCCGUGUGCUUCGCGAGGAACCGCUGUAGUUGUGCGCAUGCGUUCAGGUGUCCGUGGAUGAUUCAGUCUGAUUUUAUUCGUCUGUAAACCAGGCACUAACGUCGACGACCACCUUCAGUCGUCGGGCUUUGAAGCAGGGCUUCAACUGGGCAGGUCUGGUUGAGAUCUGCUUGAUGCAUCCCCUCGACGUUGUGAAGACAAGAUUCCAGAUCCAGACGGGAACAAGUGACCCCAACAGCUACAAGAGCCUGGGGGAUUGCUUCCGGACCAUCUUCCGCAAUGAGGGCAUCUUUGGCUUCUACAAGGGAAUCCUACCUCCGAUUCUGGCAGAGACACCAAAGAGGGCGGUCAAGUUUUUCACUUUUGAGCAAUACAAGAAGUUGCUGAAUUUGACCCCUUUGUCUCCUGGUGUGGCGCUGUCUGCCGCAGGGCUUGGCGCAGGCUUGACUGAGGCUGUUGUCGUCAAUCCGUUCGAAGUGGUGAAAGUCAGUCUCCAGGCCAACAGGGAUUCCUUCAAAGAGCAACCUUCCUCAUUUGCCCAAGCCAGACGCAUCAUUAAGUCGGACGGCUUCGGACUGAAGGGUCUGAAUAAAGGAUUAACAUCAACACUGGGACGCCACGGGGUUUUUAACAUGAUCUACUUUGGCUUCUACUUCAAUGUCAAGGAUGCUAUUCCCAGCAGCCCGGACCCUACUCUUGAGUUCCUGAGGAAGUUUGCUAUUGGUCUGGUGUCUGGGACCAUCUCCUCCUGUGUGAACAUUCCCUUCGACGUAGCCAAGAGCCGCAUCCAAGGCCCCCAGCCAGUGCCGGGAGAGAUAAAGUACCGCACCUGCUUCCAGACCAUGGCCCUGGUGUAUCGGGAGGAGGGGUAUUUGGCACUAUACAAGGGGCUGGUGCCCAAAGUAAUGAGGCUUGGACCAGGUGGAGCAGUGAUGCUGCUGGUCUAUGAAUAUGUGUCUGGAUGGCUACAGAGGAACUGGUAACCAAAAAAAAAAAAAAAA